UUGGCGGUUCUGUGGUCCUUUUUCACUGCGAGCUGUCAAUGUCAUUUGAAUGAAAAUAAACUGAACAUUUACAACCCUGAACAUACAAAAGGAUGGCUUCUGCCUUGGAGCAGUUUGUGAACAAUGUUCGGCAGCUCUCCGCUCAAGGUCAGAUGACACAACUCUGUGAGCUGAUUAACAAAAGUGGGGAGCUGCUGGCAAAGAAUCUGUCCCAUCUAGACACAGUGCUGGGGGCUUUGGACAUGCAGGAGCACUCGCUCGGUGUUCUUGCAGUCCUGUUUGUAAAGUUUUCCAUGCCAAGCAUCCCCAACUUUGAAACAUUAUUCUCCCAGGUUCAGCUCUUCAUAAGCACUUGUAAUGGAGAACACAUCAGAUAUACAACAGACACGUUUGCUGGCCUUUGCCAUCAGUUGACAAAUUCACUUGUAGAACGGAAACAGCCACUAAGGGGUGUCGGCAUUCUACAGCAAGCCAUUGAUAAAAUGCAGAUGAAUACAAACCAGCUUACCUCAAUUCAUGCAGACCUCUGUCAAUUGUGCUUGUUAUCAAAGUUCUUCAAGCCUGUCCUUCAGUACCUUGAGCUGGAUAUGAUGGAUAUUUGUAAAGAAAAUGGCGCGUUCGAUGCAAAGCACUUUUUAUGUUAUUACUAUUACGGUGGCAUGAUCUACACAGGACUAAAAAACUUUGAAAGGGCUCUCUAUUUCUAUGAACAGGCUAUAACCACUCCAGCUAUGGCUGUCAGUCACAUUAUGUUGGAGGCGUAUAAAAAGUAUAUUUUGGUCUCCCUGAUUCUCCAUGGCAAAGUUCAGCAGCUUCCCAAGUACACAUCACAGAUAGUGGGAAGGUUCAUUAAGCCUCUUAGCAAUGCCUACCAUGAACUUGCACAAGUGUAUUCAACAAAUAACCCAGCAGAGCUUCGAAACCUGAUAAAUAAACACAAUGAAACAUUUACAAGAGAUAACAACAUGGGACUCGUCAAACAGUGCUUGUCAUCUCUCUACAAAAAGAACAUUCAGAGGCUAACAAAGACCUUUUUGACAUUGUCCUUACAAGACAUGGCCAGUAGAGUUCAGUUGUCUGGGUCUCAGGAGGCUGAGAAGUACAUGCUUCACAUGUGUGCUGGCUGCUUUUCCCAUCAUCAGGAUCUAAACAUUAGAGAACCACAGGGAACAGACUUAUCCCGGGCAGUGGCCUUCAACAGGCCAAAGAUUGAAGAUUGUGAAAUUUAUGCUAGUAUUAACCAGAAAGAUGGAAUGGUCAGUUUUCUUGAUAACCCAGAGAAAUACAAUAAUCCAGCCAUGCUCCACAACAUUGACCAAGAGAUGCUUAAGUGUAUAGAAUUGGAUGAGAAACUAAAAUCCAUGGAUCAGGAGAUCACAGUAAACCCACAGUUUGUACAGAAAAGUAUGGGAUCCCAGGAUGACGAUGUAGGAAGCAAGACAUCAAGUUAUUCAUGAAGCCCACCCUUCUCAGCAGUACUCUCAAGGGAACUGCUUUGUGUGCUUGGACAUCAUUAAAGAAAUCGGAACACAAAACAAACACACACUAUUGUAUGAAAAAGUUUGUGUUUUAUUUCUCAAUAUUCAGAUGCAAGCAUCAGUUGCUGCAUUAACAAAAAAAGUAAAAUAAAUAAAAACUGGAUUUUUUGUUCAAAUAAAUAAAGCUGUCCUUAUUUUAACUUGAGUAAUAUUGAUAUUUCUUUGCACUUGAUAUUCUUAUUGUGUAUGAUCUGUCUAUAGCAUAAAGCAGUUGAACUAUGUAUUGAAGAAAGAGAAAUUCAAAACGCAUUUAUCCAUAGUUAAAUAAACAAAUCCUUUUCUAGUUUCUGGAAGGACACUAUGCUGCACCUCUUCCUCAGGUCUAUAGGAACCCAUGUUUUAGCUCUUAUGUACUGUAUAAUGAAAAGGUAGCGUACCUUGGGGUGCAUUAUCUUGGUCUACUUACUGUACGUGUUUUAGUUUUCCCAUCUGAUUAAAAGGCAAAAAUGUAUUUUAUUUUUUUACCUGGAUACUUCAAUAAUAGUGUCCAAGUUUACCAUGUCAACAUCAUACAUUUUUUGGUUUAGAUCAGAGAAUGUCAGGUUGCUUACUGUCCCACAAAUUUAAAAAAAAAAAAAAAAAAAAAAAAAACAGAUGGUAGUGCAUUCAGUUAUAGGGCCCUAAAACUCUGGAAUGAUCGGCCUAGCUCUGUAAGGGAAGCAUGAAGAGUCACUGCUUUUAAAACACACUUCUAUAAUGUAGCAUUUUUAUGCUCAAGUGAUGUUACUUUUAUUCUCUGCCUUGUUUUACUGUUCUAUGGGUUUCUUUUGUUUGUAUUGCUUUUCUUGUAAAUAUUUUAUUCAUGUGAAGCACUUUGGGGCAAUUUUUAUUGUGAAAGGCACUAUAUUAAAAAUAAAGAUUGUUAGUAAUGGCUUUGUACAAUCAA